AUGCACCAAGAACCGAAUUCCAUCAGUAUGCACCCAGGCAUACCCCCAACACAGCCCAUCAUGGAGCCCGAGGCAGGAAAGAGGACAUUUGAGCCUACCACGCCGAAGCAGUCAACAAAGCAGUCGACUUUAUCCCCAGGGCAAUCAACAAAUCACUCUGCAAAUCCUUCAACGAAGCCCCUCGGGAACCAGUCAGCAAAGCAAUCCAUCAACCUAUCUACAAAGCACACAACAGCCAGCCUGAAUGACUCCGCCUUCACGCCACUGUCAAUGCGGGCAUUGUAUUACGCCCCAGAAGGCUCGAGCGAUUAUGUCUUUGAUGUAAUACCCGAGGGAGAUAUCUCCGACGCCAUCUCCCCAGACACCAGCACCAGCGUCGUCCGCAAAAAGGGAACAGACCUGAUCUUCGACAUAAGCUUUCCAACCCCCCAGCCAACGCCUCGGCAGUACCUGCUAAAGGUACACGCGGCAGCUUUCUGCCACGACGAGAUUCGUCUCGCCUCAGCCCUUAACCCACCCAUCACUUCUCCGAAAAUCCCACUGCAUAGCAUUUGCGGCACGGUGGUCAGCACUCCCCGCGAAGACGACGAGAGUGAAGAAGGUCCGCGCUUCAAGAUCGGAGACAAGGUCUUCGGUCUUGUAAGCUAUACUCGCGAUGGCGGAGCUGCAGAGUACACCGUUGCGACUGAGACUGAAAUGGCGCCCAAGCCGGAUAACAUCUCAUUAUCCGAGGCUGCGGCCAUACCUCUGCCUGCCUUGACUGCUUGGCAGGCACUGUUCAGGUAUGCGGGUCUUGACCCCGAUGUACCAGGUGGGUUGAAUGAGGACGACGAGGAGUUCGGACAAGGUGGAAAUGGCACCGGGCGAUGGCAAUGGCAGCGCAAACGUCGCGAUACCGUCCUCGGUAGCAUGGACUAUGGAUACGGGCAUCGCAAGAGCACUGCUGGAAGUGGUGCGAGCAGUAGCAAAAGCCCCGGGGAGAUCGCUCGGGGAUUGGAGCAACGUAGCGGCACGUCCAAUGACAAUGCCAGUGGGAGUACUGGGGAUGGCAGUGGGCAUUGGAUCUGGCAUUGGAAUCGUCGUGAUACAAUUCUCAAUGACAAAGCCAGUGGUACUGGAUCUGCAGGUGGUACUAGGAAUCUUGAUGACUUACCUCGAGCUGCCAGCAUUGUCGAUUCAAACGUCAAUCCAAAACCCAAUGCUAAGCCGAAGGAAAAGGUGCGCAAAGAGAGUCUCGCGAGUCUUGUCAGCGGCACCCCGAAAGCCACAGGCAAAGCUCCCCGCGCCGCCAGCACCAUCGAUCCGAAUCCGAAGAACUCUGUCCGUCGUGCCAGCCUUAUUAAUCUGGUCCGCGGUAAUCCCAAAGAUGAAUCUGGCUCUGCCAGUCCAUCCGGGUCCGGUUCCAGCACGACCAGCACCCGCCGCGGUAGCCUUCUUGCUCGCAUAGAUAAGAACGGUCGACUGGGAAGUCUCGUGAACAACCCGAACUCCAACCCCAAUGAAGCCAGAGGAAAGCCUCCUAAGAUCCGAGUUCUCAUCACCAAUGCCAGAGACAGCGAGAUAGGCCGCAUUUCCGUUCAGCUUCUUCGCGCUGAAUCACUCUUCCCACCUCAAGCCCGGCCCUGGAUCUGUGUCACCUGCAUCCCUGCCGAAGUCGAUAUUAUCGAGCAAGAAUGGAACGUCGACGAGAUCAUCGUGAUUCCACACCUGCCCUCAGCAGAUGAGUGUAAUAUCUCGAAAGUGUUCCGUGCACGGCGCUGGCACCCGGUGGAUAUUGUACUGGAUUGCGCUGGCGGCGAGGUCUUCCGACAAGCUCAUGCGAACGGUGUUGUAAAAGACCACGGGGCCGUUCUGACAGUUGUUGACGCUAAAGUUGCAAUGCAGUCGCCGCUUGUUCCUGAGAAUGAUGAGCUUGGAGAGAGGAAAAGGGGGAUUCGAAGUCGAUUUGUUCCUGUCAACCCUGAUGGACCGGCGAUCGAAAGGAUCGGGGAACUGAUUGAAGAGAACCUUGUUCGAGCGAAAGAGGCCAGGGUUGUGGAUAUCGCGAAGGGGGCUGAUCUAUUGGCGGCUGGUGCUGCUGGGACUGCUGGAGGGUUACGCGGUGAUAUGGUUGUUGUCAAGGUUCAAUGA